UAUAAUGCACUUUAUUUCGCUUUAUGUAUAUAUUAUCAUCUAUAUAGAUGAAAAAAGAUAAAUCUGACAUAAGUAUAUACACUGGUAUUAAUAAGUAUCAAGAGAUGGCAGGCACGUUCAGUAGCUUUGCUUUUCGCGCCUUAAUUAUGCCUAACCUGUCUUAAAUAUACACAUCUUUCCAACUUCUUUUUUUAAGUAAAAGAUAAAACUUCUUUGGAAUCUAAAAACUAUUUAAUCUCUUUUUUUAUUACAUUGUGAGUUCUAUAAGAUUAAGAUUAUUGAGUAAUGGAGGAAGUAACCAAAUGCAGGUACAUCGAUUGUGUCGACACACGGGAAAAGGAGCAAAUACUUCAUGAACUUCCCGUUUGUGAUACCGGUCUCUGUGUGAGGUGGUUGAUCAACAGUGGUCACGUGGAUCUAAUUGGAAGUGAUCUGGAUGCUUUACGGUCUAUGAAAUUUUUCGUUUGCAAUAAUCACUUUACGGAAGAUUGCUAUCUGAGUAAAGGUACCCUAAAAGAAAAUGCAGUCCCUUCUCCACAUUGGAGUGCUGUUUCAAGAAAAUUGAGGAAUUUGAAAAUACGACGGAAAAUUCAUUUAAACGGUCAAGAAGGUUCUAUGGAGGAAGUAGCAACAGAUCAAGUUACAGAAAAAAAUGUUCCAUCUGAAUUUGAAGUGGAUCAGUGGUGUAGAACAUGUGCGACCAAGAAACAAAAUCUUGUAAGUAUGAUGACCAAGGGAAAAGGCACAGAUAUGAGCCUUCUAUCAAAAUUGAAACUUUUAAUAGAAAUUGACGACGAAGAUGCUUUACCAACAAAGAUGUGCGAUGAAUGUGUUGACAAAUUGGAACAGUCUUUUAAGUUUUUUCAACAGAUUUAUGUAGCAGACAAUACAUUGCGUCAUGUGUUUCCAAAUUCACGAUCCAGCAAUGCACCUAGAAAACCUCUUUAUUCAAUUGGCGAACAUAUGAGAAAUGAACAGAAGGAAAAAGAAAAAGAGAAAGAAAAAGAAAGAGAAAAAGAAGAAGAACAACAACAACAGAUUCAAGAUCAUGCUCCAAAAGUUACUCGUGGUAUUUUUAGACGAGGUCGAGGUAGACCACGUACUAGAGGAUAUCCUACAAGAUCUAGAGGAAGGCCAAGAACUGUUCACUUACCGCUUUCAGUUCCAAGUCCUAAUCUAAACAAUAAUACCGUAAAUGAAACCAGAGUAAAUGAAACAAUAUUAAAAAAUGAAUCUCAAAAUGUGACUCACGAUGAAGAAAGACAAGGUAAUACAGUAUUUUCAUUACUUACUGAUACAUGUCAUAGUGAUGAAGAAUUAGAUUGGUCAGAUGUAUUAAAAGUGAUGAGUGAUCAAAGGUAUCAAGUUGUUUCUAGACAAGAAACAGAAUCAAAAUUAGAAGAAAAUAUACAAAAGGAAAAAACAGAGGAACAAGUAAUUCAACCAGAAAUAAUGUUACAAGUAGAAGUGACAUCAGAGACAAUAAAAGAAGAAAAAAACACAGAAGCAGAAAUUGAAGUUAAGGUAAAGGUAGAGGAAGAGAUAGAGGUGCAACCUAAUGUGACAAAAUUAAUUAUAGAGAAAGAAGUUCAACGAAUACGUUGUGAAUUUUGCGACGAAUCAUUUAAACUUAGACGUCAGCUACAAACACAUUUAUUAACCGAUCAUUCUCAAUUAUCUGAACAUAUGUGUAUAGAUUGUCUAACUUGUUAUGAAAGUGAAUCGUUAUUAACAAAACAUCGUAGUUUACGCCACGGAGAUCGAAAAUAUCAUUGCGAAUAUUGCCACGAAGUAUUUCUCGAAAAAAAGAUUUUAAGGGAACACAUUAAGAAAUGUCAGCCACACGAUAUACUACAUUAUUCUUGCGAUUCGUGUGGAAUAACAUUUAUCUCUAAAGAAGAGUUAAUUGAACAUAUGGAAAAUCAUCCAGAAAGUUCGAUUGUAUCAUCGCACAUGAAUCUUGAUAAUUUGCAAAGUACUGAUAAUACAUUAGUAUCAUCUUCAAAGCCCGUAAUAAAACUCGAAUCAGAAUCUGAAUAUUGUUCCAUUUCAACUUCAAAAAAUACAAAUGAAAUUUCAGAAUCGAAUCCAGAUGAAAAGAGCACAAUUAAUUCAAGUGAUAUAUGUGAAAUUAAUAUAGUUGAGGAAACGCAAGGACUGAUUGAUGAAGAGUCGAUAGUGAUGUGUCCGGAUUGUAACGAGCAAAUGCAUAACACAGUGGAACUUAGUAUCCAUCGAAUGCGUCGUCAUUCGAUGAAUAGAAAGGAUGCUACAUGUCUUCUUUGCGACAACAAAUCGUUUUCUUCAUUAGACGAAUAUGAACAACAUGUACUUGAUCAUUGCAAACGAUUAAGAAUAUCACCAUGAUAAAAUGAAUUUUUCUUUAUUACAUAAUAUCGCGUCAGUGAUAGAUUUAAUCUAUUAUAUUGAUUCAUUAUCAGUUAAAAAAAAAAAAAAAAAAAUUUCGAUCAUAUUAGAUACAAUUAAAGGAUAUCAAAGUUAAUCAUUUUAUUAAAAUAUUGCACAUUGUGUGCGUUUGUAUUUUGUAGAACCUUCAAUCUUAUUUCUUAUUAUUAUAUGAAACAAGAAAUAUAUUUUAAUCGAAACAUAUUUAAAGUAAUCGAGCAAUUCGAUCAUUUUUUUUUUUUAAUUUAUCUGUAAUAUUGAGUAAAUUACGUAAAAAAAGUACAAAAAUCUGAGGGUAAAAAUCUGUUAUGAGACAGUGCGUCACAUUCACGAUAAUGAUAUGAAUUGUAUAAAGAAUAAAUGCAUCGAUAGAAAUAGAUUUCUAUACGAAAUGUCAUGACAUACAGCACGUUUGUAAUGUAUUGUAACGUAAAUGUGUUUCUUUCAUUUCAUUUCAUUUCAUUUCAUUUAAAAAUUUGCACGCGCGUGUGUGUAUAUGUGUAAGUUCUGUUUAAUAUAUACGUAUAUAUGUAAAUAACAUAGAGCGUGUAUGAGCGCGACAGUAAGAAUAUCAGUACGCGCGCGAAUGCAACGGUGAAUCGUAAUUGUUGUUUAUUAUUUACAAUCGGCUAAGUUUAGCCGGUAGCUUUUAAAAUUAUUCAUCAAUAAAUAUGUCUUUUUUGAA